UGUGGUUUCGUGAACGUGUCUUCCCUGUUAUUUGUAGUUCAUAUACCCAGGUAAAAACGUGUUCUCAUAUUCGUCGACAAAAUAAAAUAUAUCCUUUAAAAAGUUCUAGUGAAAAUUAAAAUUUAUAAACGUGUGUCCUUUUUUUAUUAAGCGCAAGGAAGAAGAAGAAGAAAAAAGAAGAAAUGUCCUGACUUGUUUCCACGUGACCGCGAUGUUCAAAUGGAGUAGUGAUUAUUUUUUAUCAGUGCUAAUAAUUAACAGGCAAAUGUUGCCAGUCAAUUGUGAGAAUACACGCGGUGUGUAAGAUUUUACACACACGCAUUUAUUAUCAUCAUCAUCAUUAGUAUUAUUAUUAUUGAAGAAAUAAUAAACAGAAAUGACAACGAGGGAGCUUUACGUCAAGGAUGCAAAAGUAUGGGUACCACAUCCAGAGAAGAUUUGGGAGGGUGCAAUACUUUUGGAUAAUUACAAAUCGGAAAAAGGAACACUUCAAUUACGCACAGAUGAAUCGAAACAAACUAAAAUAAUAGAAAUAAAAAGUGACACGGAUCUUCCACCAUUGAGAAAUCCUGAUAUUCUUUUGGGUGAAAAUAAUCUCACUUCUCUUUCAUUUCUUCAUGAGCCAGCGGUUCUUUAUAAUUUACAAAUUCGCUUUCAAAGGCAUUGCAUUUACACUUAUUGUGGAAUUGUUCUCGUUGCUUUUAAUCCGUACAAUGAAUUACCCAUUUAUGGCAAUGACACAAUUUGGGCCUAUCGAGGUCAAGCCAUGGGUGACCUCGAGCCCCAUAUAUUCGCCGUUGCCGAGGAAGCUUACACGAAACUGGAAAGAGAAAGUCACGAUCAAUCAAUUAUCGUUAGUGGCGAGUCAGGAGCUGGUAAAACUGUUUCGGCAAAAUAUGCAAUGCGUUAUUUCGCGACUGUUGGUGGUUCAUCGACUGAAACACAGGUGGAAAAAAAAGUAUUGUCCUCUUCGCCAAUAAUGGAAGCUAUUGGCAAUGCAAAAACUACAAGGAACGAUAAUUCAUCUAGAUUUGGUAAAUUUAUUGAAAUUCAAUUCAAUAAAAAUUAUCACAUCAUUGGCGCUAGUAUGAGAACAUAUUUGCUGGAAAAGUCAAGAGUCGUUUUUCAAGCGGGAGGAGAGAGGAACUAUCAUAUAUUUUAUCAAAUGUGCUCAGCGAUGAAGAAGCUGCCGCAUUUGCAUUUAGAUUUUCAAGAUAAAUUCCAUUAUUUAAAUCAGGGUAAAGAUCCAAUUAUCGAUGGUGUUGAUGAUUUAGUUUAUUUCGAAGAAACAAUUAAUGCAUUUACAACGCUUGGAUUCACUUACAAGCAGCAAGAUGAUAUGUUUCGAAUUUUAGCUGCCAUACUUCAUUUAGGAAAUAUUCGUUAUACAAAUUCCGAUUCACAGGGAGGUAAUGACUCCGAAGGAAGCAAUAUAUCUGCAAAGGAUAAAAAUCUUCUUAUUAUCUCCGAAUUGUUGGGCAUCGAUGUAAAUGCCAUGAGAAAAUGGUUGUGUCAUAGAAAAAUUGUAUCGAUGAAAGAAGUUUUUCUAAAGCCAAUGACAGUCGAUGAAGCGAUUGGUGCACGAGACGCAUUAGCAAAACAUAUUUACGCUGAGCUUUUUAAUUGGAUUGUUUCGGGAAUUAAUAAUUCACUGCAAGCACAGGCAAAAAGUCAAUCGUUCAUUGGCGUAUUGGAUAUUUAUGGUUUUGAAACAUUUGAAAUUAAUUCAUUUGAACAAUUUUGCAUUAAUUAUGCCAACGAAAAACUUCAACAGCAAUUUAAUCAACAUGUCUUUAAAUUGGAGCAAGAGGAAUAUUUAAAGGAAGAAAUUGAAUGGACAUUUAUCGAUUUUUAUGACAAUCAACCGUGCAUUGAUCUCAUUGAAACAAAAUUGGGAAUUUUAGAUUUACUUGAUGAAGAGUGUCGUAUGCCGAAAGGAACAGACAGUUCGUGGGCUGAGAAGCUUUAUACAAAAUGUGGAAAAUCGAAACAUUUUGAAAAGCCACGAUUUGGCACAUCGGCAUUUUUGAUACAUCAUUUUGCUGAUCGUGUACAAUACGAGGCUGUGGGAUUUUUAGAAAAAAAUCGCGACACUGUGAUUGAAGAGCAAAUUGAUAUAUUGAGAUCAAGUCAAAAUAAAUUAUUGAAAAAACUCUUCUCUGAAGAAGAUCCAAAAUUGACGGUUCCUAAUGCGAGAAUUAAAGUUUCUGCGCAGAAAACAAGUAGUAGUAGUGCACCUAAACAACAUAAAAAGACUGUUGGAUCUCAAUUUCGAGAUUCACUAAAUAUGUUAAUGUCGACAUUGAAUGCGACAACACCUCACUACGUUCGAUGCAUCAAACCCAAUGAUACAAAAGAAUCAUUCGAAUAUAAUCCAAUUCGUGCAGUGCAACAACUUCGUGCUUGUGGCGUUCUCGAGACAAUUAGAAUAUCGGCAGCUGGAUUUCCCAGUCAACGAACGUAUGCCGAUUUUUUUCAUCGUUUUCGUUGUCUCUGUAAAUUUAAAGAAAUCAAACGUGAUGAUUUACGUGAAACGUGUCGUCGUAUUCUCGCCACCUACAUUAAGGAUGAGGAUAAAUUUAAAUUUGGCAAGACAAAAGUUCUUUUUCGUGCCGGUCAAGUGGCCUAUUUGGAAAAAUUGCGAGCCGAUCGUCAACGCGACGCAUGUAUUAUGAUGCAAAAAACUGUUCGCGGUUUUAUUUGUCGCAGUCGCUAUCGUAAGAUAAGAAAAUCAGUUUUGGGUUUACAGAGGCACGCGCGUGGCUAUUUGGCACGGCGAAAAGCCCAAAAAAUUCGCGAGGAACGUGCUGCAGUGAAAAUACAAACGCGUGUAAGAGGUUGGCUUGCGAGAAAGAGAUUCUUAAAUUUGAGACGAGUAAUUCUUGGUCUUCAGCGUUAUGGACGUGGUAUUAUGGCAAGAAAACGAUUCCGUUUAAUGAGAGACAAUGCAGCGGCAAUUGUAAUUCAAAGAUUUGUCCGUGGUUAUCUUGUGAGAAGACGUUGCAGAAAGAAGCUUUAUAAUAUUAUUUUAGUUCAAUCGUGUGUGAGAAAAUUCCUUGCCAAACGAGUGUUGCGUAAAUUGAAAGCCGAGGCAAGAAGCGUUGAACAUGUCAAAUCAUUGAACAAGGGUCUGGAAGUGAAGAUUAUAUCACUUCAGCAAAAGAUCAACGAAUUAGCAAAGGAGAAUCAACAUUUGAAAUUGACGCAAAAUGAAGUUGUGGACUUGAAAACGAAACUCGAGGGACUGAAGACGAUAGAAUUGGAAAAUAAAAAACUAAAUGGUGUAGUCGCGGAAAAAGAGAAGGAAAUCGUAAAAGUGAAGGAGGCUAUCGAGAAAGAAAGAGAUGAGAAAAUGGAUUUACUUCAAGAUAAGGAAAGAAUCAUGAAUCAAAGGAAUGAAGAGAACAAGAGGCUCUUGGAGGAAAAUGAGAAAUUGAGAAAGGAACUUGCCGUGGCAAAUGAGAAAUUAAGAACAAAUCUUCGAGGAGCAGAGGAGAAUCUUAAAACUCGAUUGGAACUAGAGAAGGAUCUUUUAUUACAUGAACAAGAUCAGGAUCGAAAUGCUUAUCAGAAAUUGUUGAAAGAUUAUCACGAUUUAGAGCAACAAAAUGAAUUUCUUCAACAAAAAUUGGCUCUUCACGUUCCUAGUCAUUCGCGAUCGUUGAGUAAUGCCUCGAGUGGAAGUGGACACAUUACUUCAACUGAUCUUCCACCCGAUGAUCAGAAUAUUGAUUUCGGUUAUGGAUCAGUGAAAUCAACAGGAUCUUCUAACACACCGUAUAAUAGAGUUGAGAAUAUCGAUUGGCAUCAACAACGAACGGACAGUCCACCAGAUGGUGAAAUUUCCGUAACAAAAUCGCCUCUCGAAAGAAAUGGUCCAGCGCAUGGUCCAGUGGAUGUUGGACUUGUGCUAAAACUUCAGCAAAAAUUGAGGGAUGUAGAAAAAGAAAAUGGUAGAUUAAUUCGAAUGGUCGAGGAUUUGGAACGCGAAAGUCCCGAAGAAAUAACAAGAGCUCAAGAUACAUUCAAGUUGCAAGAAUUUGAAAUGGAGAAUGAAAAACUGAAGAAAGAUUUGGGAUCAUUGCAAAAAACAGUUCUGGAAAAAGAUCCUGUUAAUGCACAGAAUAAAUUAAUGGAACAAUUCGAAGCUCUUCGCGAAGAAUUGGUAAGAAGAAGAGAAGAAUGUAUUCAACUUCGUACUGUUUUGGCUGAAAAUACACAACGAAUGAAGAGUCUUGGAUCUAAUUAUGGACGAGAUGUUGAUAUUGUUAAUGAAGACGGUGAAUUAAUAUUAGCAUUUGAGGCUCAAAAGAAGAUAAAUAGACAAUUGGAAGAUGAACUUCAGGACAAAGAAAAAGGUUGGCGUGAACAGCGAAAAGAAUGGCUAGCAGAAAUUGAUCGACUGCAAGAAGAAAUACAAAGGCAUCAAAAAUUAUUGAAUGUCAAUUUGAGUAAAACUCCACAAACACAGACUGAAGCUUAUUUACAACAUGAAAUAACGCGAAUAACUGCAGAAAAUUUGAAUCUUCAAGACCAAUAUGACAAAAUGGCCGAAGAAUGUAGGAAUUUAAAGAAGAAAUGCAAAAUUCUGGCUAAACGGCUCAAAGAAGCUGGCUACGAAGGAUCUGACGUUAAGGAAAGUAGGGAUCGUUCUUUCGUUUAUAAAGGACAUGUACCGGACAGCGUGGAAUUAUCAAACGAUCCUGCAACGAACAAUCACUCGUCUGCGGAUAGUGGAAGUAAUAUGCCUGCAAUUCGUAAAAAAGAACGAGAUUAUGAAGGAAUGCUCGAAUUCAAGAAAGCAGAUAUAGGAGUGAUAAUUAGACAUUUAAUUAUCGAUCUGAAACCAAGAAUCUCAGUAACUUUACUUCCGGGUCUUCCCGCUUAUAUUCUCUUCAUGUGCAUAAGACACACCGAUUGUGUUAAUGACGAUGAUAAAGUGAGAUCAUUAUUAACAGGCUAUUUGAAUGCAGUAAAGAAGGUCAUUAAAAAACGUGAAGAUUUCGAUUCAAGUGUAUUAUGGUUAAGUAAUACACUUCGAUUAUUACACAAUAUGAAACAGUACUCGGGUGAUAAACCAUUUCAAUUGGAAAAUACACCGCGUCAAAAUGAACAAUGUUUGAGAAAUUUUGAUCUCAGUGAAUAUCGUGUUGUUCUCAGUAAUGUUGCACUUUGGAUAUUUAAUAAUAUUGUCAAUAAUCUCAAAGAACGAAUUCAAGCUCUCACUGUACCGGCACUUUUGGAGCAUGAGGCAAUUAGUGGUUUGGAUUCAAAUAAACCUGGUAGAGCGAGAUCAUCAUCAAUGGGAGAGGAACCAGAAUCAACUCAACAAAUGUUGGAUAAAUUACUCGAUGAACUUAGCUCAGUUGAUAAAACACUUCAAUAUCAUGGUGUUGAUGCUGAAAUAAUUGUUCAAUUAUUUAAACAACUUUUCUAUUUUAUGUGCGCAAGUGCUCUCAAUAAUUUACUUCUGAGAAAUGAAUUGUGCCAUUGGACAAAGGGAAUGCAAAUCAGAUAUAAUAUGAGUCAUUUGGAACAAUGGGCGAGAGAUCAUCAUCUUGUCGCAGCAUCGGAAGCAUUACAGCCAAUAGUUCAGGCAGCACAGUUACUUCAGGCAAGAAAACGAGAUGAGGAUGUUGAUUCUGUGUGUGAUAUGUGCAAUAAACUCACCGCUAAUCAAAUUGUCAAGAUAUUAAAUCUCUAUACACCGGCGGAUGAAUUUGAAACACGAGUUCCCGUUUCUUUUAUUAGAAGGGUUCAAGAGAAACUCACUGAACGAAACGAAAACACCGAACAAUUGCUGAUGGACUUAAGAUAUUCUUAUCCAGUGAGAUUCUCAUUCAAUCCAUCGAACAUCAGACUAGAAGACAUCGAUGUUCCAGAAGUGCUUCAUUUACCGAUGCUCAAAAAAGUUUAGAGCAUUUAAUUUUUUGACAAUCGUGUUUUUUUUUUAAAUUAAUCAUUGAGGAACACUAACAACGACCCUUAACUCAACUAUAAAUGAGGUAUGUUAUUUAAAAUUAUAGAAUAUAUAUUUCGUUAUCAGAAAUGGAAGAUAUAAUAUCUAUUUUACGAAAAUUUAAUUUAACGGGACAUAUCUUUAUUUAUUAAUAUAAUUAUUUGCAUAAUUAAUAUUAAUUAGUCUCGAUAAAUUUGUAUAGAUCUUUUUUUAAAAAAAUUCGUAUUCAGAUAUUUCCUCCAUUUCAAAUACAAAAAGAAAACAAAAUUGAAAAUAAGGGGUACCAAAAGUAGUAUAGUAAUUUUGCGGAACCAGUUUUUGUAAAAAAAAAAACAUCGCUUUCUUUUUUUUAUCCAUUUGUAGUUUAUAUUAACAAAGUAAAUCCGUUUUAAAGAAAAGAACGUUCUAAAGUUAACAUGAAAAUUUCAAUUUCCUGUAACUUUUUUAACGUUUACGGCUUAUUUCCAAUAUUGAUAAAUAACAAAAAUUAAGAUGGUUCACCUUAAAAAUAUUAAUAUCAGAAAUUUGAUAAAUUUCAAUGAUUUGUUAUAUAAUAUUUAUUGUUUAUUUAUUUAUAUAGUAGUUGUAGACUUAGGAGAAGAAAAUUUAUGUUUCCUGGUAAACAUUGACUUUUGGCGAACUGAUAAAAAAAAAAAGUAAAAGCCAAAAAGAACCACCGAUAAAAUUUGUAUAUAAUUUUAAUUUUUUAUUAUUAAAUUUUUAAAAUCGUACCAAUUUAUAAAAGUUUUGAGAAAAUUCGAAAUGUUCUUUUUUUGUAAAUACCUAAUAUUAAUUUAAUUAUUAUUUUCAAACAAUAUUUUCUCUAUUAGACCAAAUUUACAAAAAUAAAUUAAUUUCAUUAUUUUCGAGGGUGAAUUAACUUAUAAAAAUAAACGACUUAAAAUUAAAAAAAUACGUACGAACAUUGAAAAAUUUAAUAUUUAUAAAAUAAUCAAAUUAUCUAGUUCCCAUUGUAAAAACAAUUGUCCAUGUUUUGUUCAAGUUAAAAAUUUAUUUAUUUUGAAUGAUUUUGCGUGAAAUUAUUUAAUUGAAAAAAAAGAAAUAUAUUGUAAUUAAAUUGUGUAAAAAGAGAGAAAGAGAAUUUUAAGAUACAUACUAUAACGUUAUGUUGUUAGAUUGUAUAUUUUGUGAUACGUGGAGAUUGUUAAAGAAAAAAAUUGGAAGAUCUUUAUUGAUCUUUAGAGAGUGAGGGAGAGAAAGGUAUAUUCUAAUUAUAUUACUGUUAAAAAUAUCAUUUACGAAUAAAAAGCGUACACGUUACGUUUUGUGCCAUUUCACAAUUGUAUUGAAAAUUUUUUUACGUUCUACAUAUAUUAAUUUAUAUACUUUUUUUGUGCUAUCAUAAAAAAAUCAUUUCAAUUGUUGCAAAAAGAAAAAAGUUGUACAUCUUUCAUAAACAGUAUAAAAGACAUCAAGUGAUUUCAAUGAUUACAUUUUUGAUGUAACAAAUUUAUUUGUUCCUGAAAAUAAAGUAAAUUAUCGUUGACUUACUGUUGUGAGUUUAAUUUCUUCUUUUUUGAAGUACAAAAAAAAAAUAAAGUAAAAUACAAGAAAUAAUUUCAUAAAAAUCAUUUAUUUCAAAACUUGAAUACAUAAGCAGCAAUUACUUUAUCGUCGUUUUAUUAUCAUAAUUAAAAAAUAUUUUCGACGGUGAUAAUUUUAUUUCUCUUUUUUUUCAUUUUAUUUAAUGAUUGUAAAAAUUGGAUAAAUUAUUUAAAUAAAUUUUUUGGAUUCUAAUUAUUGUUUACUAACGAUAUUAAAUAGAUGUUCAACUUUGUUCGUUUUAUAACUGCCAUAAAAUGAAAAAAAAACAA